AUGCGGGCGCUCAGACGCUUCUUCCUUCUGCCUCUCUUAGCUGCUCUAACUCUUGCUGAAGACAACUCAAUAGAAUUCUUGGGUGCACCUCACUGUGGUGCCUCACUCACCGACCUCAACAAACCUUUAAAGAUCAACCUAAAUUCAAAUGCAAACUGUGUCUGGCAAAUUCAGAGAAACGAAAAUCAAACGAUUAGGCUCAUCUUCUCCUAUUUUAAAUUUUCUCCAUCUUCAAGCUGUGAAACAGAAAGUAUUAAUGUAUACGAUGGUCCUUCCUCUAAUUCACCUCUUCUUGGACAAGUAUGUAACAACACUGAUGCAGUCCCAAUGUUUGAAUCAUCUUCAAACAGUUUAACUUUUCUCAUAAAAACAAACUCUGUGGCUUUCGCACGAAACUUCUUUGUCUUCUAUUACUUCUUUUCACCGGAAACAACACAUUGUGGGGGAAGCCUAACAGGUCCCAACGGGACAUUUAUCAGUCCCAACUACCCAUCGUCUUACCCUCCAUUUACGUACUGCGUCUGGAACAUACAAACUGCAAAAAAAUCGAAGAUAAACUUAGAGUUUAAGGAUUUGUUCCUGGAGCUGGAUCAAAACUGCCAAUUUGACUUUCUGGCAGUCUAUGAUGGCCUCACCACGAACACUGGCUUAAUUGGAAAAGUAUGUGGUGUUUCUCGGCCCACCUUUCAAUCUUCUUCAAACGGCAUGACGGUUGUGUUGUCUACAGACUACGCCAACUCCUACAGAGGAUUUUCUGCUCGGUAUACCAGCAUUCUGCCGGAUCCCCCAGAGCCUGACACAUCGCUUACAUGCUCUUCAGACAGACUGGAAAUUGUGCUGAGCAAGGAUUACCUGGACUCCCUUGGCUACAACGAAACUCACUUGUACCUGAACGACCCAACCUGCAGGCCAGUGUCCACAGAUCCCGUGAUCUUUUCCUUCCCAUUAAGCAGCUGUGGAACAAUUAAAAAGGAUGAAGGUCACCGCAUCACUUACACCAACAUCGUAACUCUCUCUGAAACCGACACAAUUAUCACACGCAAGAAGAUGGUACAGAUUGUUGCAAAGUGCAUAAUGGAAAACAACUCAACUGUAGAAGUCAUUUACGUAACAGAAAAUAAUCUAAUCAAGAACACGACCUCUGUGGGAAGAUACAACGUUAGCAUGUCUUUCUACGACUCAGAUUCAUUCUCCAACCCCGUGCUUCAGUCCCCCUAUUACGUAGAGCUGAACCAAACUCUUUUUGCUCAAGUCAGUCUUCAUUCCACCGACCCAGAUCUUCUGGUGUUUGUCGAUACCUGCGUAGCAUCUCCACAACCUGAUUUUGGAUCAGUAACAUAUGACUUAAUCAGAAGCGGUUGUAAUAAAGAUGACACUGUGGUAACCUACCCACCCAUUGAGCACUACGGAAGGUUCAAAUUUAACGCCUUCAGGUUCCUGCGGAGCUUUUCAUCAGUUUAUCUCCAGUGUGACAUUUUGAUUUGUGACAGUACCAUAAACUCUCGCUGUACUGAAGGCUGUAUCUCCAGGCGGAAAAGAGAUGCUUCUUCAUACACUUGGAAAGCCAAGACUGUAGUGGGUCCUAUCCGCCUGAAGAGAGGUCUCAGGGCUGCCGAUCACUCAGGUAAGAGGGGUACAUAAACUGAGAAUCUGAUU